AAGGUAUGUUUUGAAGCAUAGUUAGACAAAAACACACAUUACUUGAAAACGGUUUGUAUAGCGACUGUUUUAAGAUGGCGGACUCGAACGAGAAAUUGUUAGUCGAAUUACUUAAAAAGCCUGGAAAUAAUGUGUGCGCGGAUUGUGGAGCCAAGAACCCAGAAUGGGCUUCUUACAAUAUAGGAAUAUUUGUCUGCACAAGGUGUGCCGGAGUGCAUAGGUCUAUGGGCGCACAUAUUUCCAAAGUGAAACAUCUCAAACUAGACAGAUGGGAGGACUCUCAAGUAAAUAGAAUACGUGAAGUAGGUAAUGUAACUGCAAGAUUACAUUACGAAGAGCGUGUACCACCUUGUUACCGUAGACCAAAUUCAGAUGCUCCUCAAGUUUUGAUAGAGCAAUGGAUAAGAGCUAAAUAUGAAAGGGAAGAAUUUUGUCACCCAGAAAGACAGAAUUAUGUAUCGGGAUUUAUGGAAGGAUUUUUAAUGAAGCGUGGAAAAGAAGACUCACGAUAUCAUCCUCGUAAAUUUGUUCUUUGUGAAGCUGAGGAUACUUUGAAGUAUCACGUUAAAGAAAAUAAGGAACCAAAAGCUAUACUUAGGAUAUCAGAAUUAAAUGUAGCCUUUGCUCCGUCUAAAACUAAUAAUCAAAAUAGUCUUCAAAUAUCUUUUAUGAAAGAUGGCACUACAAGACAUAUCUAUGUGUAUCAUGAAGAUCCAGAAGUAAUUACAAAUUGGUAUUUAGCUAUAAGAUGUGCAAAAUUACAUCGUUUACAAGUUGCAUAUCCUGGUGCAACAGAGGCUGAAUUAUUAUCACAGCUAACAAGAGAUUUUCCACGGGAAGGAUUCCUGUGGAAAACAGGUCCUAGACACAGUGAUGCUUAUAAAAAGAGAUGGUUUACAUUAGAUGGAAGGAAACUUAUGUAUCAUGAUGAUCCUAUGGAUGCACAUCCAAAAGGUGAAAUUUUCUUGGGUCACAGUUCAGAAGGUUUUGCAGUUAAAACAGGAGUACCACCAGGUGCUAGAAAUCAAGGUUUCUCUUUUACUCUUGAAACACCUGAUAGAAGUUAUCUCUUGUCUGCUCAAAACGAUGAUGACAGAACACAAUGGAUGAAUGUAAUACAGAAAGUAAUAGAUAAACCACUUACUCCACAAGAUGCAACUGUAGCAGCACGUCUUGUAAGAAAACGCACAGCAAGUGGAACAAUGAAUAUAUUUUCUUCUGCAAGGUAGGGCUGGAUCCCUCUUAGGCAUCUUUCCUAAAUAUUAUCAUAUAUUAAUUAGACAAACCAAUUGAAUGAUUAAAAUAAUAAAACUACGUUUAGAAAAUCUGUUUCUCGAUAUGCCUAGCAAAUCAUAACAUUUUGUAGCUACAUAUUAUCGUUGAAUCACUUAUAUUUAUAUAUCAUUGCACGCUACGUUGCUUACAUCAUAUACAUAAGACUGGUCAAUGGAAUUUAAUGCAAAUAUAGUAUAGGAACAAUUUUUUCUUUAAAACGAAUUUUUAACUGACAAUAUUUGUGAUGUGCUGUCAAAAGGAACAGGCAGUAUUAUAAAUAUAUAGUAAAAAAGCUUUUACUUGGCAAUAGUAUCUUUGUGAUAUUCCAUUCAUUAUAUUUACCAGAAAAAAACGUAUAAAUGUAUCAAUAUAUAUAUUAUUUAUAUUUUGGUAUAAAUGCUUUAGACGAAUAAAUUACUCUAAAUAACUUUUGUUUCUUCUGAAUAUAAUUUAAAAAAUAUAUAUAUAUAUUUUUUCAAAAUUGAAUUCUACAAUUAAAUUUUCUUUUUUCUCUUUUGUUUUUUUUGUUUUUUUGUUUUUUUUUGCAAUUAAAUUUAUAUACUUAUUCAAAAUAGAUUUUAACUCUAUAUACGUACUAUUAGUCUUUACUCUUUUAUAUAUACACAAAUGAUUUGUCAAGAUUUGUAAAUAGAACUUAAAAAAAGAAAAGAAAAAAAAAAGUAAGAUCAUUAUUUUUAUUUUACAUGACAAAUGUCUGCACAUACAUACAGGGUUGUUAAUUUAAUAUUGUAGUGUUUCAAAUAACAAGUUUAUUUACUCGUUUUAUCAAAUUUAAGUAGAUCAUUGUUAAUUUCAUCAAAAGUGUGAUAUUGAAAGUUUCUGUAUGACAGUAGACACCUUUUAGCUUCAUUCAUUUUAUUAAUGGUGCUAUCAAGAUGACUAUAUCUACUGUUUUACAGAAACUAUAUCUUACAUGCAGAGUGUUAUAAUGUUAUACUAUGAGUCAUUGUGAAUUUGAUGAUGUUUGUUUAAUAAAGUAUUAUGAGAUAUCAGCACUUAAGUAAAAACAAAUGACUUUUCUAUAUAUUAUUAAUUAUUAGAUCACAAUAUCUUCAUUUGUCAAAUUAUUGUUUUUUUUUUUUUUUUUUAUGUGUAAUUAUCUCUGAUACUUGAAUGCUGAUAUCACAUAAAAUUAUAAUUUAAUAAUCAGUCAAAAUACAUAAUUAUAAAGUUUCAGUGUAAAUUUAUUAUUAUAAAAUAAUAAAAAAAGAUUAUAUUUAAAAUAGUCAUGUCUGACUUAUUGUAAAGUUUGUUGUAAUAAUGAUGAUAAUGACAAUGAUAUAAUAAUUGUAACAAUUAUACUAUUACUGCUACUACUACUACUACUAUUACUACCACACUACUACUACUAAAUAUAAUAAUAAUAAUAAUAAUAAUAAUAAUAACAAUAAUAAUGUAUAAAGGCUGCCAAUAUAUACAUUUACUUUGUAGUGUUAAACAAUAAAGUAUAGCAGCAUGUCAUACUAUCUGUAGAUAUAUGAAAAAUAAUUUACUUAUGCUCUAUAAUUGAAGAAAAUAAAUAAUAAUGAGACAACAAAGA